AUGAAUCAACAAUAUAUCCAGUUUGAGAAGGAAACAGAAAAUCAGAGUACCGAUUAUGGCGACGGGUGGAGCACGGACGAGGACGAGCCGUCCGUGUUCCGCCCGGAUGCCAUCGCGUUCCCCACCCACACAGCGGAUAAUCGCGGCGCGCAGGAGCAUCGCAGCGCGGUGAACCAGUUUAGUUUCGUUGCAGCUACUGGGAGCUACGGCGACAGACAGGCCCUUCUCACCACGUGUCUGCUCCCUCACUCUCUCGCUGCCGCAACACACCCCCCUUGGCUGCCAUUGCACACAACCCACAUUCCCCCUCUGCCUGCUCCUGCUGCCGAUGCUUCUGUUGCUGCUGCCGCAACACCCUCCCCUUUGCCCGCCGCUGCCCCUUUACCUGCUCCACCAUCACCCACCCUCGUUGCCGCACCCGCGCCCGCUUCCCUCUCUAUCCCCCCCCGCGUCCCCACCCCUCCUCUGCUCUCCGUGCAAGCCCCCCAUCUUCCCCAGCUAGCCGCUGCAACACCACAUGCCAUCCCAUGUGGCCCGGCAGUGCCAUCACCACAUGGAGUACCUGUCAAGGUCCCGCACUUGGCAGCAGCGCCACACCACCCCCCUCACAGCACCCACCUUUCCUCCGCCUCUGCUGCUGCUACUGCUGCUGCUGCUGUCCCGAUGGUCCCUCCGCCCCCCCCACCUGUCCGCGCGUCACUCUUGCCUCAGACUGCACUGCCUGCUGCCUCUGUGCUCGCACAUGCCCGCUCACAGCAGCAAGCACACGCAGAGGGGCAAGUGCACUCCCCGCUGCCCACCGCCCUCCCCCCCACCCGCGCUCGCACUGCCACUGCUGCCUCUGCUGCCGCCGCUAAGGGUGCUGUCGCUGCCCCCCCACACACAUGCACGCCUUUGCGCAAGACAUUCCCCCCAUCCCUCUUCCUCCCUCGCACCGACCCUCUCGAUGCCUCUGCCCUCCCCUCCCCCACUCCGCCCUCUCCCCCUGAACGCACCGCUUUCCCCCCGCAGCAACCACCUUCCCCCCAACCCCGCCUGGCGGGGGAUCAACCCCCUCUCAACACCCCCCUGCAAGCCCCUCCUACUAAAGCCCACUCCGCUACUCCUCCCCACCUGCAAUUUCCCCCAGGCUUCCCUUCCCCAGUAGAACCCUCAUCCCUCACCCCCAAGCCAUCCCCCGUGCCCCUGCUGCCACCACCACCUGCAUUCCCACGCCCCCUUACAGUCACAUCCACUACGCCUUUCCCUUCGCCUUUCCCCCCGCCCAUUGCCCCUGCUCUGCCCUUCCUUGCCGCUCGCCUGCCGCUCCCCUUCGGCCCAUUCCUCCGCCCACCCAUCCCCGCUGCUGCCCUCUCUCUCCCCAUCGGCCUCUCUUCUCGCCUCCCCCUUGCCUCCCUCUCUUCGCCCGCUGCUGCCGCCGCUGCCGUUGCUGCUGCGGCUUCCAUUCCUGCUGCUGCUACCGAUGGUAGUAACACAGGUGUUGCUGCUGUUGCUGGUGGUGCUGGGGGUGACAGUGGUGCCAGUGUGGGGAUGGGGAGAGGGAAAGAGGAAGAGAGGGAUGAACAGAAUCUGGGGAAACUGAAAAUGGAAGGCGAAGCGGAUGAAUCAGCUAGAAAGAAUGACAGGAAAGGGGAGGAGCACAGGGCAUUGGAGGUCGGGGAGAAAGCAGAGGGGCAAGAUGAGGCAAAGGGCGAGGAAGGGGUGGGGUUGGCACCAAUGAGCGCUGCUGAUACAAGCAAGGUAGACGUACUCACUGAUAGUGAUGUGAAGGCAGGGGUGGGCAGGCAGGGGGAGUUGGAGACAGCCAGUGGUGCUUCUGCGGAGGGCAUGGAUGUGAUAGACGGGGUGAGUGGAGGAGAAGCGCGGGGCAAGGAGGAAGAAGCCAAUGACCAUGCCGCAGCAGCUGCUGCAAGUGAACCAAAGCCUCAGCAGCCAUCAGAACCGUGCUCAGAGUCCCAUCGUGAUGAAGACGCGGACAUUGCACUGCCUCAUCCGGGCAUACCCGCCACGAGCUCCCACCCUGAAGCUGUGAGUGCAAACCGCACUCUUUCUCCCCCUGCUGCUCCAGGGGAGGAGUUGGUGCGUAGGAAGGCAGAGGGUGCAGGUGGCACGGCAGGUGGUGUGGGUGGCGUUGCAGAGUCUGCACGUGGGGCAGCAAGAGGGUUUGAUGCGUGUGUGGGGGAGCCUGAUGAUGCGUGUGUGGGGGAGCCUGAUGAUGCGUGUGUGGGGGAGCCUGAUGAUGUGUGUGUGGGGGAGCCUGAUGAUGUGUGUGUGGGGGAGCCUGAUGAUGUGUGUGUGGGGGAGCCUGAUCAUGCGCCACUGCGGCGGCUAGACUUGGACCCCAGGCGCAGAGAGGUGGGUGCUGAGGGCGACUUGGAGCCUGCUGUUGUUGCGGGUGGAGUGGGAGGGAAGGGAGGGGGAGAGGAGGAAGAGGAGAUGAAAGGAGAGGAGGGAGGACGUGAGAGCGAGCAGCAGCAGGAGGCGCAGGAAGGGGAGAAGGAGGGGGAGAAGGAAGGGGGGGAGCAGCAAGAGCAGCAGUUGGAGCAGCAGGAGGGAGAGCAGGAGGGGGAGCAGGAGGGAGAGGAGCAGGAGGAGCAGCAAGGGGAAGGUGAGGGUGGAGGGGGGGUGUCAGCACGUGCCUCUGCUGCUCUUGCUGCAGCUCUGCUCGCGCCCCCUGCCCCCCACCACGCCCCUGUGCGCAGCGGCCGCAUCUACACACGCCGCCGCGCGCGCUCUGACGCCCGCAGGAGUGCUGACCGCUGCAGCACCUGGGGUCGAGGGGGCACUGAUCGCACUGGCUCAGGGGGGGAAGCGGGGGCAGGUGGGGGAGGGGUAAGUGUGGGAGAAGUGGGGAAGGGAGGCAAGGAGGUGGAGGAGGAAGCUGGACAAGGGGAGGGGGAGGAUGGGCGGGGGGUGGGGGAAGAUAUGCACAGCAACAGCUCUGGGGAUGGCGAGGAGGGCACUGGGCAAGCGGCAAGCGGUGACGGGGGCAAGGGGCCAGGAGGGGGAGGAAAGGGAGGAAGGGGGGGAAAGGGAGGGGCAGUGAAGCUUGACGCGGUGAGAGAGAGGCUGGUGGGGCGGGUGGCCAAGGGCAGGCGGCGAGGCAAGGGAGGAGGGGUAGCGGGGGCGUUGGGGCAGCAGCUGGCAGUGCGGGCGGCGAUAGCAGAGCGAGCAGCCGGCAGGCCUAGCCUGGCGUUUGGUGCAGAAGUGAGUGUGGAGGGCACGGGCGUCGGUGGGGGGAGAAGCAGAACCCUGGCAGAGCUGGUCGUGCCAAGGGGAAGGGGGGGCGCGCGGGGGAGAGGCAAGGGGAGGAAGAGGGGGGACGGAUGUGGGAAGGGGAAGGGGGAGGGAGAGGGGGAGGGGGAGGGGGAGGUGCGGGUGCUAUGGCUGGCGGAUUCCAGUGUGGCUCCGCGCCCCUUGGGGGAUGGGGAGGGGGGCGAGGAGGAGGAGGAGGAAGAGAGGGAGGCGGGAGAAGGGGAGGAUCAGAAGGGGGCAGGGGUAGUGGGAAGGCAGGGUGUGGAAGGUGCGCGGUUGGGCAUUGGCUUGGUGGCAGGCAGUGGGAGAAAGAGAAAGGGUGUUGGCGAGGGGGAGGAGGCGGGGGAAGAGAGUGGAGGAGAGGAAGGGGGGAAGGGAGAUGGAGGGGGCGUGGGCGACAGGGAGGUGAAGGCUGGAGGGCACCAGGGGGAGGAGGAGGGGGAGCGGGACAGGGAAGGAGAUGCAUCAGGCGGGGAGAAUGCCGGGGAAAAGGCUUUCGGGGGAGCAGAGGAGGGAGGGAGUGCGAGCGUGAUUGCAAGUGAGUGGAAGGGGGGCAAGUGGCGGCGGUGGGAGCCGGUGGUGUCACGGGGAGGAGAUGGCGUGGUGGAGGUGCGAUUUCGACAGCUGCUGGCCGGCACCUCCUCUGCUCCCUCUGCUUUUCUCCCUGCCCCACCCCCUCCUGCUGUGGCUUCUGCUGAUGACGCACCUGCUACGGGUGCUGAUGGCACAGCAGCAGCAGCACAUGCGCUCUUGUCUCAUGGCAACAUGGCAGCUUCUUCGCAUGCGUCAGCAGCACACGAGUCAGAAGCAGCAGCACCAAGGGAAGGUCCCGCAUCAGGUGACGCAGCAGCUGCACCAUCCCUUGAGGCAGCACAAGUGGCACAAGACACAGCAGCAGCCACGACAGCAGCAGCAGCAGCCUCCUGUCUUCCACAGGAUGUUGCCUGUGCCCCUCCCUCUCCUGCUUUUGCCCUCCCUGCUGCCGCUCCUGCGGUUGCUGCCCCUGGUAGUACCUUCCCUGCCAGUGCCACGCCUGCUGCUGCUCUCGUGGCUGCAGCAUUGAGUCGGGACAAUGGAAGUGGGGACGGUGUGAGUCGGGGAGGUGCAAGUGGGGACGGGGCUACAGGGCCCCGUGGUGUGAAGAGGAAGGUGGGUGGGGGUGAGGAGGGAGAGGGGAGUGCAGGGCAUGCGGGAGGAGCAGGUAACGGGUCAGGGAAAAGCAGGCGUGUGGGAGGGGAGGUGCAAGUGGGGCAAGGAGGAGGUCACGAUGGGACUGGUGGGGGUAGUGGGGCCGGUGGGGGUAGUGGGGCCGGUGGGGGUAGUGGGGCUGGUGGGGGUAGUGGGGUCGGUGGGGGUAGUGGGGCCGGUGGGGUAAGUGGGGCCAGUGGGGAGAAACGGGAGCAGGCAGGAUGUGAAGGAGACGGUGGGAUGGGUGGUGGAGGUGUGGAGAAGCAAGUGUGUGGGGACCAGGGUGAGAGCAACGGUGCGGUUGGAAGUGGUGGCGGGGACAUAAAGAUGGGCGUCGCUUUCUCACAAGACACACUUGAUGCGAGUGGGAGGGAGGGGGUGAGAGAAGAUGGGGGGGCAGCGGUGGAGGGUGUAAAGGAAGCAGCAAAGGAGGGUGGGAGAGUGCACAGUGAGGCAGAGAGGCGGGCACUGGAGCUGCUAGCGAGGCGUGGUCUGGGGGAGGCGGACCUGAAGGCGCUGGGGGAGAUGCGACUGGGCGUGCCAGUCAACCUGCACAGCCGCGUCCCCACACCCAUCCGCCAGGUAUGCCCCUCCGCCAGGUAUGCCCCUCCGCCAGGUAUGCCCCUCCGCCAGGUAUGCCCCUCCGCCAGGUAUGCCCCUCCGCCAGGUAUGCCCCUCCGCCAGUCGCUGGUGCCCUUUGCGUUCACAUCGUUGUCCUUCACACCAUUCAUUAACGCCAUAACGGCCUUCCCCUCUCUUUACCACCUCUCUCCCCCACCUUCCCCCCAUUUCCUCACUUGUUCCCCCAUCCUCCGUCCAUCACGAUCACCACCACCGCAGAGGCACGUGAGUCUGUGGGUGAACCACCAUCUGAGGGCCGUCCCAGCAAGUGCCAUCGGGCGCAACAACGAGACGUGGGCAGCGAUAGCAGCGGGGGUGGCAGCAGAGAGGACGCUCUUCACCCAGGCGCCCAACAAGCGCGCCUACCUCUCCCUCUCCACCCGCGCCCUCGCUUCCGCUCCCACCAACCUCAACUCUCCGUCUCCCUCCUCCAUUCUCGCCGCUGCUCCCGUUGUUGCUUCUGUGGGUUCUUCAGCCGGAGCUGCAUCGUCCCCAACCAAAGCUGCAGGUUCGGCAGCUAGCUUUGUGGAUGAGGCUAGGCCGAUUUCCAUAGCUGAUGCCUUGGCUCGGGCAUCGGUGGCUCGGGCCCUCCGAGCCACAGGCUUGGAUGGGCCGUCACCUCCGGGAUCUCCUGAGAGGGAGGAUGCAGGACGGGAUGGGGGGAAGCAGGGGGACGGAGGCAGUAGUGCGAGCCCUGUGGUGCCAUCGCAACCUGCUGCUGCCGUGCACACAGGCAGGGGGCGUGACAAUGUGGAGUGUGAUUCUAAAGUGGGUAUAGGAAAGGGCGAAGGGGCUAAGGGCAGCGUGCAGGGAGAGCAGCAAGGAGGGGGGGCAGAGAUACGGAGAGCAGCAGGCAAGAGUACCGGCGCAGCAGUGGGCGAUGGUGGUCAGAAGAGCGAGCAGGGCGAGCAGGGGCGGGUGGAAGGCGCAUGGCAGGGGGGACAGGAGGGGCUGGGGGAGAGGACGCAAGUGGGGGGCGGGGCGAGUGGGGCAGCGAUGGUGGAGGCAGUGCCAGCCCCUGGAGGGGGGGAGGGCGAUGCAGGGGAGGUGCUGGAUGGGGACUGUGGGGCCAGUGCAGGUGUAUGUGGGGGAGGUGGGACCCUCGGCAGUGAGUGGAGCGAGGGGCGUGCUGAGAAGGCCUUUCCUGUGGGGCAAUUGGGAACAGUAGCUGCUCACACGUCUGCUCCUCCUCUUGCUGCCACUGCUUCUGCUGUUGCUGUUUCUGCGGCUGCCGGUGGUGCGGGUGGGAGUGGCAGUGAGGGGGCAGGAAGGGGUGUGGUGGGCGAGGGGGGAGGCGGGCCGAGCAGCAGCGCCGCACUGCCAGCUGGCAGCACCGCCGUGCCAGCUGGCAGCACUGCUGAGUCAGCCCAGCAGGGACACGGGAGGAAAGACCCCGUUUUAAACCAGGUGGAGGUGUUUAUCCGCGAGCAUCUGCGCCCCUUGGAGCGCAGCGGAGUGAUAAGUGCAGAGCAGCGGCGCUGGGUAGCGAGCAAGGCGGCGGGGAAGGUGAUGGAGCGGCACGGGGGGGCGCGGUCAGCCGCCUUCCUCGUGAAGGAGGGCGAGGACGUGCGGCGCCUGGCAGAGCGCUACCUGCGCACCUACCACGUGCGCUUUUCUAAUGGGGGAACCGCACCCACAUCCUCCUCCUCCUCCCCACCGGCUGGCUGA